UGCUGCGUGCCACCCAGGAUUUCCUGAUGGUCCACAGCCAGCCUGACAAAUCUAUCUAUCUUAAACUCGUUCAGCCUGUAGUUCACCAUGUCUGAUUCUUCGACCUCCGCACUCUUCUCCCCCAUCCGCGUAGGCAACAUCAACUUGCAGCACCGCGUCGUCCUUGCCCCACUCACUCGUAUACGUGCACACGCGGAUCACGUCCCAACUCCAGAAGCUCCACCGUACUACUCUCAGAGAGGGUCUACCCCUGGAACUCUUCUUAUCACAGAGGGCACGUUCAUAUCUCAGAACGCUGGUGGUUAUGAUAAUGUUCCUGGGAUAUAUACCGAUGCCCAUCUGGAGGGAUGGAAAAAGGUGACAGAAGCAGUCCAUGAGAAGGGCUCUUUCAUUUUUUUACAACUCUGGGCGCUCGGCCGCACCGCAGACCCAGCCGUUCUUGCCAAGGAAGACAAUAGUCCCCACGUCAGUGCCUCACCCAUCUUCAUGCCUGGCAAAACAGACGUGCCACGCGCACUUACCAAGGAUGAAAUCAAGGAGUAUGUUGCCACGUAUGCCACCGCCGCAAAAAAUGCCAUUCGAGCUGGUUUCGAUGGCGUUGAAAUUCACGGUGCAAAUGGCUACUUGAUCGACCAGUUCAUGCAAGACGUCAGUAACCAACGCACAGAUGAAUACGGGGGAAGCAUCGAGAAUCGCGCAAGGUUUGCACUCGAAAUAACGGAUGCCGUUGUGGAGGCCGUUGGUGCUGAGAGAACGGGGUUCCGAAUGAGCCCCUGGGGCAUACUCAGCGGUAUGGGCAUGGCAGACCCAAAACCCCAAUUCUCCUACAUGGUUGAGCAGCUGCGCAAACACAAACUCGCAUACAUCCACGUGGUAGAGCCGAUGCCUGCCGAAGUCACUGCUGAGAAAAACAGCGAUUUCCUCCGUGAUAUCUGGCAAGGGGUUGAGGGCAGUAACUUCAUCAGCACAAACGGAUAUACCCGGAAUACCGCAAUUGAGACGGUAGACAAGAAAGGCGGCCUCAUUGGAUUCGGGAGGUUGUUUAUGCCAAACCCCGAUCUUCCAUUCCGUCUGCGAAAGGGCAUUGCGCUUGAGCGGGGUGACCAAGCAACAUGGUACAUGCGCGGCAAUCUCACACCAGCGGGUUAUUCGGAUUGGCCCUUUGCGCCGGAGAAUGAUCAGCAAUAGAGCAGCAAAUUCUGAGAUGGUCUUUUUAUCUUACGGUGCGACUUGAGUGGUGACAGUUCAUCGUGUUUUUGACCAAGAGGCACCAAGCCGGAAGUACGGUUGUCGGACUAGAUUGUAGGACCGAGUAUGUAUAUAUACAUGAGUUGGGUUUCCCGACAGUCAUGCAACCGAGGGCACCAGAAGUCUUUCAUUGCCAGGAAUGUAC